CCAGGGCGUGUUCCGGAAGGCGGUGUGGGCGCAGGUGCGGAGACUGGGCUGCCCGGCUGCGGCCUCCGGCGGCCGGCAGUAUGGAGGACGUGAGUGCUCAGUUGCAGGGUUCCUUGGAUCUCAUCCAGAGUAUUGAAGAUGACCCCCUUCUGGACACCCAGCAUCUUCCACAUCACUCUUUACAUGCUCAUUUUUGGCCCAGAUUCCACCCUCUUCCUACAGUCAUCAUAGCAAAUCUUCUCUUGCUGAUACAUCUUGUGUUUGUUAUUUUAGCGCUUCUAACAGGUGUGCUUUGUUCUUACCCCAAUCCAAUGGAGGACAUGUGCCCGGGAAACUACACCAACCCAUUGAAAGUGCAGACAGUCAUAAUCCUCGGAAAAGUUAUUUUGUGGAUUCUGUAUUUCCUUCUUGAACAAUAUGUCCAGUAUCACCAUUGCAAAGUAAGAAACCGAGGUUAUAACAAGAUCUACCGGUCAACAAGACAUCUGAAAAGACUUCCGCUGAUGAUACACUCCACUGGCAGCACGGCACUCCUCCUCCUCCUCUGCCUGCAGCACUCCUUCCCUGAGCCCAGCACAUGGUACCUGGACCUCAUUUUGGCCAUCCUGGCCCUGGAGCUGAUCUGUUCCCUGACGUGCCUGCUUGUGUACACAGUGAAAAUCCAAAAAUUUAACAAAGCCAAGCCACAGCCUGACGUACUUGAAGAAGAGAAAAUCUAUGCUUACUCCAACAAUAUUACCUCAGAGACUGGAUUCAGGCCUCUCUCAAGCCUGGAGGAGGUUGUGGAGAAGCAGGGAGACAUCAUAGUGUACCUGAAGCGGCACAACGCGCUCCUCAGUCAGCGGCUGCUGUCCUUCUCAUCCUCUGACCUCGGCUCUCAGCCAAGUGGAAUUUGACAGCAAUUCCAGAGGAACCAGAGUCACUUAAGACUGAUCAACUCCCUGACAAGGUGUCACAGGAGAUUGCAGCUUUGCCAAGUACCAUUCUACAGUUUCUGUUGGAAACCUGAAUCUGAUUCUCACCUGUGUGACUGUUUAAUAAGUAGGACACAUGGAUCAUUUGAAAGGCACUUUGAAGAGCCUUGAUAACUCAUGGAAGAUAUAUAUUUUGCACAUUUUGAAAUUACUUAACCACUUAGUUUAUCCUAGGUCAAAGUGUAGUUUAAACAUCUCCUUGGCCAACACUUUUUCCAUACUCUUUGAAACUUGGUGAUAAUUUGUCUUUUUGUAAAGAAAGUCUGACAUGACAACCUACUUAAAAUGGGGUUUUGAUCAAAUGAGUUUUUCCCACUUUUAUACAGGUGAGAGAAGUCAUCAUUUCUCAUGAUUAGUGGUUUUUUCCAUGGAGCCUGUGUAUUUUAUAUGCUUCUGUGGUUUUAGAUAUCCUUGGCCCUUAUAGUUUUUAUAAAGAAUUUCCCGCUAGGUGAUUUACCUUCCAAACCCUACAGUUUUCCAUCCUCCAGAAGAUGUGAAGUUUACUUGGAGCAGUAUUAGGCCAACCGGUGCCGCCUGUGACUGCAGCAGGGGCUGUGCCUGGCAGCGCCUGAAACGGAGAGGACUUCAGGCUUUCUCUUUCUUUCCUUUGACCCUUCUUUGAGAGAUUGCUGUUUCAGUAUUGACCAAUUCUCAUUGAAUCAAUAAGUUCACCGAUUUAAAAGGAGUCUUCUGUGGCUUUUAGUUUGUCUGAAAGAAAAAAAAGAACUUUUUUUACGUCUUGGAUUAUACUUAAAAAUUAUGGGAAAAAUGUCUUAUCAACUGUUUAUAUACAGAUAUUAAACAUAUAUAAUUCUUCAGAUAAAAUGAAGCAUUUCUAUGUGUAAAUGGCAUUUUUCCUCCAUUUUUCCUGCUUUGCCCUUUUCAUUAAUCAGUUUGCUUUGGCACCUUUCCAUGCUGCCUCAGAAAACUUCUUGCUUGAAUGCUUAAUGAGAGAGGGGAUAUUUGUGAUUAGGUAUGCUGCUAAAAAUCUCUUUUGUAUUUAGCUGAAUAAUGAAUAUUUGAUUUAAAAAUCUUUGAGCUAUACAUAACUGUUUGACAAAGAAUGACUUCAGUGGGUCAUCCCACACUUAUGAAAUGGUACACGUCUAUUUCCUUCAGAUACAGCCCUCUCAGAGCACUCUCAGGAUUUUCUGCUGAGGUCAGGUGAUUGAUUGCUUGUCACCUGCAGUCAGCCCCAUUGAGUCCCCAAAAGUGACAGCAUUCACAAACUAAACCCAAAGUUGUAUUUUUAAAUGUAAAAUUAUAUCCAGGUUUCCUGACUUUCUCUUCCUCCCUUUUUUUCUUUUUCCCUUCCUUUUAGCAUUUCUCAAAGCUGUGGAAAUUUGUCUCUGUGCCCUGGAGAGCUUUUGCCUUUAGCUGUUUUCCUUAAGGAAAGCACUGGUGGUAGGUGAUUAAUGCUCAUAUAUAUUUUUCAAAUUCAAUUUGUAUCUAUCAUCCGUUUCUAAGGUUAUGAGAUGAACUUUGGUUUACAGAGAAAAGUAUAGUUUAAAUGUUAGAACAGUCAAGUUCUGAUGGGAUGUCUGUAUAAUCACCAACACACUUUUCUAAACAAAAUGCUGAACAUUUCAAACAAUAAAAGAAAUUUAAAAAAGAAUGAACCAAACAGUUUAAAUGUUAAUCAUUCUGUGCACCAGAGACAAUGUGCUAGCACCAUGGAUAGAAAAAUUAGUGAGACAGUCCUUGUUUAAAACUUACACUCUAAGGAGAGGACUAGGAUUUCCAGGCUCUGUGCUGUGUGAGAUGAUGGCAGCAACCGCAAGAUAGCACAGGGGCUCCAGGUCAGAGAUUUCUCUGGCGGGGAGGGGGGAGGAGAAAGCUUUAGGAACUCCAGGGAAAUUCAUGAGUAAACAAGAAGUGCGAUAGCUACUGAGGACCAUACGUGCUGUGUAUAACUUGAGCCCAAAGUGUGAGGCAGGACUGGGAGGAGGAACAACCAAGAUUCUGGGGACCCUGACCCUGCGCUGGAAUGGGUCCCACUGGAGAGUUCUAGGCAGGGACGUGGCAAUUGGUUUUAGUUUCAGGAAGAUCAGACUGUCAGGGUGGGAUGGGAAAAUGGGUGGCAGAGUCCAUGGUGCUGAAUGAACAAAGGCAGGUGGAGUAACAUUUUAUCAUGCGUAUGUAUGUUUAUAUCUGUGAUGUACUUUUUGUUGUGCGUAUGUAUGUUUAUAGCUGUGAUGUACAUUUUAUAGUGCGUGUGUAUGUUUAUAGCUGUGAUGUAUUUCUAUAUUGUUAAUUUGAAAAUUGUGUUUCAAAUGACAGUAGCAUCAUGACUUACUGCAUUUCUUUGAAUAUUAAUAAGUUUGACUUUUUUUUCUUU